AUGGCGACUGCCACUUCGACAACAUCGUCGCCAUCUCCGCACAGUACACAAAGAGCGGGUGGUGAUAAUGGUAUUCUCUCUGGCGGAAAUCCGUCCAUAUACGACCCAAAAAAUCCCAUCAUAUUGUUCAUCAUCCAAGCGAGCAUUAUCCUCAUCGUCUGCCGGGCUCUGCAUUUCCCCCUCGGUUUCCUCCGCCAGCCUCGAGUUGUCGGUGAGGUACUGGGCGGUAUUCUUCUCGGACCAUCAGUAAUUGGUCGCAUCCCCGGCUUCACGGACGCCAUCUUUCCUGCGGAUUCAAUCUCCAACCUCAGCAAUGUGGCGAACCUGGGACUCAUUCUUUUCUUGUUUAUCAUCGGCCUCGAGGUUGACCUUCGAUAUUUUUUCAGCAACUGGAAAGUUGCACUGAGUGUUGGACUUGCUGGUAUGAUUCUACCGUUUGCACUGGGCUGCGCGAUAUCCUUCGGCCUUUACCAUCAAUUCUCGACCGAGCCUGGAAUGGAACCAAUCGCGUAUGGGACCUUUAUGCUUUUCAUUGGAGUCGCAUUGGCCAUUACAGCGUUCCCGGUGCUCUGUCGGAUUCUCACCGAACUAAAGCUGCUCUCUACGCCUGUCGGUAUCAUUACGUUGGCUGCCGGUGUUGGAAAUGAUGUCGUGGGAUGGGUCCUGCUGGCUCUCUGCGUCGCAUUGGUGAACUCGGGGAGCGGCAUUACAGCUCUUUAUGUCAUUCUUACGGUUGUUGCAUUCUGUUUAUUCCUGACUUUCGCUGUGCGGCCGGGCUUUAUGUGGGUGCUCCGACGUACACACUCGCUACAAGAUGGUCCAACUCAAGGUGUCAUGGUGUUGACUGUCCUAAUGUGUCUCGGCUGCGCUUUCUUCACGGGCGCAAUUGGCGUUCAUCCUAUCUUCGGGGCAUUCCUGGCCGGCCUGAUUUGCCCACACGAAGGCGGAUUUGCUCUUAAAGUCACGGAGAAGAUAGAAGAUUUGAUGUCUGCAUUAUUCCUUCCUUUAUAUUUUACCUUAUCCGGACUUUCCACGAAUCUCGGGCUUCUAGACGACGCCAUCACUUGGGGUUACCUGAUUGCGGUCACAAUCAUUGCUUUUGCGACCAAAUUCUUCGGCGCCGCUCUUGCCGCUCGUUUGAACGGAAUGGUCUGGCGCGAGUCGUUCUCAAUAGGCGCUCUCAUGUCCUGUAAGGGCCUUGUGGAACUGAUAGUGCUCAACAUCGGACUGCAGGCGAAGAUCUUGAGUGAUCGCGUCUUCACAGUGUUCGUUGUCAUGGCGCUUAUCACAACCUUUGCCACAACGCCACUUACUUCAGCUCUCUACCCCCCCUGGUACCAGCGCAAACUUGACGCGUGGAAGCGCGGCGAUAUCGAUUGGGACACUGGCGCCCCGGUGCGCAAUCGCGAUGGCGGUUCCAGCGACAACAUAUCGCUACAGAAGAUGGGUUCAACGAGGAUCGGCAGUCUGUUGGUAUACCUUCGCCUUGACAACAUGCCGAACACACUGGCUUUCGUCUCUCUUUUUGGAAGUAAGCCUAGCAGCGGGAGUACUCAUCCACGAUAUGAUGACAAAGACCAGAAUCGCAAGUCUUCAUCAGCAGAUGACACAAGGAGUGCAGUUGUGCAAAUCCAUGGUAUGCGCAUUGUCCAGCUCACAGCUCGCACAACAUCAGUCAUGAAAGUCUCCGAAGCUGGCGAACUGAGCGCUUUGGAUCCGGUUCUGAACGCUUUCCGAGUUCUCGGGCGGCUAUACAACCUGGCGGUGUCUGGAGAAGUAGCUGUCGUUCCCGAGGAUUCGUACGCAGAGAGUCUGACGACUCGAGCUACCGAGGAAAGCUCAGACCUCUUGCUACUCCCAUGGACCGAGACUGGCAGCCUCAGUGAGGCGCCAAUGGUUUCCAAAAACACUGUUGAGCGCAAGCUCAGAAGUGAUGCUUAUUCCAGCUUUAUUACGGAGGCUUUCGACACUGCCAACUGUACCACGGCUGUAUUCGUGAACAAAGCCUUCAGUGGCUCGCUCGAGCAGUCUCCGUCUGCGCUGACGCGACGCAUGAGACGGGAACACAUCACCGAGCUCCCAUCGGUGGAUCGUAGCCAUCACAUAUUUGUGCCGUUCUUCGGCGGCGCAGAUGGACAGGCGGCCCUUCGCCUGGUUCUUCAAUUGGCAGAGAACCCCGAGAUCACAGCCACAAUGACGCACUACCAGCUGAAGGGAGAGGAUACCGUCAUCGAGGAGACAGUUUCAACUAAGGGAAUCGUCGAAGACAAGAUUCGUGUCUCAACUUCGGGCGAGAGGUCCGACGAUGCAUUCUUCGUUACAAUGCAGCGCACUCUUCCAGAAGAGCUCCGUCCUAGGGUGACGUUCCGAACCAGCAUCUCGUACGACCCGGUUCAAGAUGCUGUCGCAGAUGCAACAACCGAGGUCGGCCAGCGGGAGAAUAAUGGUGGAGAUAUUAUAUUUCUUGGCCGAAGCACGUCGAUGGUGGAUCAGCCUUCAACUUGCUUGGGCUUGGUGGCCGACUGCAUGCUCGAGAGGGAUCUUAAAGCUAGUAUGGUCGUUGUUCAAGCGAAAAGGGAACGGAUCGGGCCAAUGGUUGCUACUAUUAGAUGA